AUGGGAUACGAAAAUUUCAAUCAUCAACCUAACUUUAAACCAAUUGAUCAUCUUUAUGAAGGUCGAUUACGUCAAUUUACUGACACUGGUGGCCAAUACCCCAGCUUAAAUUUACCCAAAUUCUAUGAUAUAAAUAGAACUGAAAUUGGUAAUUUACAAACUUGGAAAGUUCCCGAUGAUGAAGAAGGAAGAACUCAAAGACCUUUGUUUCGUGAUAUCAAGUUUGAUGAAGUAUCUUGGGAACAUAUUGGAUUAGGAUACAAUUUUGGACCAAGUUGGAAGACAUUUUGGGUCAAGUUUCACUUGGAUAUUCCUGAAGAUUGGCUCAAAUACGAAGGAUUGGAAAUUGAAUGGGAUUCAAGUUCAGAAGCAUUGAUUUAUGAUGCUAAUGGUCGUCCUUUACAAGCUUUUACUGGAGGUGAUCGUAACUUGUUUGAAAUUCCUGAUAAGUUUAGAAAAACAGGAAGACAAUUGUUUUACAUUGAAGUUGCAUGUAAUGGAAUGUUUGGUAAUGGUGCUGAUGGGGAGCCAAACCCAAACAGAUAUUUCCGUUUAAACAAAGCUCAUUUGGUGGUUCCUAAUUUGGAAGCUAGAAGACUCUUUUGGGAUUUCUGGAUUUUGGGUGAUGCAGCAAGAGAAUUUCCUGGAGGAUGGCAAAAGUAUCAAGCAGCUGAUAUUUGUACCAAGAUUAUGAACACAUUUGAUCCUGAAAAUGUCGACUCUAUCAAAGAUUGUCGUAAAUUGGCUACAAAAUUACUCAGUGACAAAAUCAACUCAGAAGAAGUGUUUAACGAAUAUCCAAAUAAGACUAAACGCAUUGAUGUAUUUGGCGUGGGUAACUGUCACAUUGAUACUGCUUGGGAAUGGCCAUUUGCUGAAACAAAGAGGAAAAUUGUUCGUUCUUGGACUACUCAAUUGAAAAUUGCAGACAAGUAUCCUGAAUAUGUGUUUGUAGCAUCGCAAAUGCAACAAUUCAAAUGGUUGAAGCAAUCGUAUCCUGAAAUCAUUGAUGAUAUUAAAGAAAAGUUCAAGAGGAACCAAUUUAUCCCUCUUGGUGGAUCGUGGGUUGAAAAUGAUACCAAUUUACCCAAUGGUGAGUCUUUACUUAGACAGUUUAUCUUGGGACAAAGAUUCACUCAAGCUGAAUUUGGAUUCCGUUCCAACAUUUUUUGGUUACCAGAUACUUUCGGCUAUAGUUCGCAAAUUCCGCAAAUUUGUCAAUUGUCUGGUAUUGAUCGUUUCUUGACUCAAAAAUUGUCAUGGAACAAUAUAAACACGUUCCCGCUUACUACUUUUAAUUGGAAAGGUAUUAACGGAUCACAGGUUUUGGUUCAUAUGCCUCCAGAUAAUACGUAUACUGCUGCUGCAAACUUUGGUGAUGUUCUGAGAUCACAACACCAACAUAAGAAUUUAAGAGAUGUACCAACAGGUUUGUUACUUUAUGGAUUUGGUGACGGUGGCGGUGGUCCAACACCAGAAAUGAUUGAAAAAUUGAGACGUUGUAGAGGUUUGAGCAACGAAGUUGGUUUACUUCCAUCAGUUGCAUUGGAUGUGUCCAUUGAGGAUUUCUAUGACCACUUGUUAGAAAAGUCUGACAAUGGACUGACCUUGCCAACUUGGACGGGUGAAAUUUAUCUUGAGUUCCAUCGUGGUACUUACACUGUACAAGCACAGAUAAAGAGACUCAUGAGACAAGGUGAAAUUAAAUUGCACGACUUGGAGUUGGUGGCUGGCUUGGUUAGUCUCAAGAACAAGGAUUAUCAUUAUCCAACUAAACAGAUUAACGAUUUGUGGGAGGACCUUUGCUUGUGUCAAUUCCAUGAUGUCUUACCUGGUAGUUGUAUUGGAAUGGUUUACUAUGAGGAAGUUUUCCCGAUGUUGACAAGUUUAUUGGAAAAAGCUGACAAGUUAAUCUUUAAAGCAUUUGAAGCUUCAGGUAAACCAAAACGUAAUACAGUGGUCAACACUUUACCAUGGGAUAGACAUAAUGAAAUUGUUGAGCUUAGUGAAGACGAGUCGCCAGAUUUAUACAAGGCAUUCAAAAAAGAUGGACGUGUUACCAAAGAUGGUAAGCUUCAAGUUUCGGUUGACUAUGUUGGAGGAGAAACUAAGGUGAACAAGAAGGUAAAAUAUCCUGCCAGUGUCAAGUCUGAUGACGAUGGAUACGUUUUGUCCAAUGGAUUAUUGGUUGCAAAGAUUUCAUCAAAUGGUAUCAUCACUUCUCUUUAUGAUACAGUUGCUGAAAGAGAAAUUAUUGACACUACAGCAACCACACAGACGAAACAAGGAAAUGAGGCUGUUGGAGGUAAUCAAUAUUUGUUGUUUGAUGAUGAACCCCUCAAUUUCCCUGCUUGGGAUACUGAAUUGUACUCAUUGGAAAAAUUCAAGUUAUUGGAUAAUGCCAAAAGUAAGAUUUUGUCUGAUGAUGCGUUAGAGUCUUCUAUUGUUGUUAUUCAUGAAAUUUCACCAAACUCAUCUAUUGAAACUGUUAUUUCAUUAGCUGGUAUAAAUGAUGAACACAGUGUCAAUAAUUAUGUGAAAUUCUCAUCAACUGUGCAAUGGCAUGAGACUUAUAAGUUCUUGAAAGUUCAAUUCCCAACUACAGUCAAUACAUCCUUAGAUGCAAGCUAUGAGACUCAAUUUGGAAUCACCAAGAGACCAACUCAUUACAAUACCUCAUGGGAUGUGGCCAAAUUUGAAGUUUGUCAUCACAAAUUUAUGGACUUAAGUGAGUACAAUUACGGUGUAUCCAUUUUGAACAAUAGCAAAUAUGGUGGAUCGAUUCAUGGUAAUUUAAUCAGAUUGUCCUUACUCAGAAGUGCAAAAGCACCCGAUAAUAAAGCAGAUAUGGGUGAGCAUAAGUUUGAGUAUGCUAUUUACCCACAUACGGGGCCUUUAGGUGUCAACACCGUCAAAGCAGGUUACAAUUUCAAUUACAAGUUGAUUCCGAAGACUAUGGAUGCAUCGUAUUUGCAUGCUAUUAGAUUAAACACUGAUAAAAAGUCUUCCUUGAUUUUAUCUCACAUUAAACGUGGAGAGGAUGAUGUUGAUGUGAGUCAAUAUAGCGAAUUGUCAAAGAAUGAAAAGUCAAUUGUUGUGAGAAUCUAUGAGUCUUUGGGUGGUGUUGGUAAAGGUGAGUUGGUUAUUGAUGAAAAACAUUUCAAGGUCGACAAAGUCAUCAAAACCAAUGGGUUGGAAAAUGAGACGUUUGAAGAGUUGGAAGUAAAGAAAGGUAUUGUUGGUAUCAAGUUGAAUGGAUUUGAAAUUGGUACCUAUAAAAUAUUGUUAAAGUAA